ACCAUUUCAUUCUUGAUGUGCAAGUCAGUUGAUAAACUUAGCUCUGUUUGACGCUGUAAUGUGCACUUAUCAUCAGUAUAAAGUGCAACUUACUUGAAGAAGGAUUCUAGUUUUUUGAUUAUUCGAUGAUAAAUGUUGUAACUAUAUACAUAUCUUCAGUAAACUCUUGAUUAAAGUUUUCAAUUAUGAAUAAUUAUUUUACUAUUAUUAUAACAAGUGUAAUUACUUUAUUUAUUUUUUUUUACUUUUGGGCUAAAUAUAAAUUAAAUUAUUGGCAAAGGAAAGGAGUUCCAACACUUCCGACGAAUAUCAUAUUUGGAAAUUUUAAAGAUUCAUUUUUUCAACGAACAGCUCCUGGAUUUCUUUUCGGAGAACUUUAUCAUCAAGUUAAAAAUGAUCCACCUUACAUGGGAAUUUAUAUUAUGUACAAACCAUUUUUAUUGCUUAGGGAUCCAGAAAUAAUCAAACAAAUGUUUGUAAAAGACUUUAAUUAUUUUCAAAAUCGUUAUUUUACUGCAAGAAAUCGUAAUGAUCGUCUUGGCAGUGACAAUUUAUUUUCUAUUCAUAAUCCUCAGUGGAAAUAUAUCAGAUCGAAAAUAUCUCCAGUAUUUACAAGUGGAAAAUUAAAACAGUUAUUUGGUUUGAUUGUUGAAACUUCAGAUUUUCUUAAAAGUUAUUUAGAUGAUCAAUUCAAAGAAGAUGUAAAUGGAAUAAAGUCAAUUGAAGCAAAAGAAAUGAGCAAAAUGUAUACCACUGAUGUUGUAUCGAGUGUAGCUUUUGGUGUUCGUACUAAUUCUUUUGAAGUUCCUACACCCGAGUUCUAUUCACGCAGUUCACGUAAACCAACUUUAUUAACAGCAGUACAAUUUUUUGGCAUGUUUUUUUUCCCCAGCUUAUCACAACUAUUUAGAUUUUCCUUUUUUGGAGAAAAUACUGAUUUUUUCCGAAAUGUAUUUUGGAGUUCAUUGAAUGCUAGAGAAGAAUCAAAAACUGAAAGAGGAGACAUUAUUGAUAGUUUAAUUAAGCUAAAGACUGAAAAGCAAGAAUCAAUUUUUAAAUUUGAAGGUGACAGUUUAGUUGCCCAAUCAGCAAUUUUCUUCAUAGCAGGAUUGGAAUCGAGUUCAACCACAAUAGCAUUUGCACUUUAUGAAUUGGCAAGAAAUCCAGAAAUUCAAGAUCGUGCAAGAAAAGAAAUUCGUGAAAACUUGAAGGAGAAUGGAUUAACAUAUGACUCAGUAAAUAAUAUGAAGUAUCUCAUGCAAAUUAUCAAUGAAACUUUAAGACUCUAUCCACCAGCUCCAAUACUCGAUCGAGUUGCUGAUGAUGAUUAUCAGAUUCCUAACUCAAACGUAGUUAUAGAAAAAGGAACUGCAGUUUACGUAGCACUACCAGGUAUACAGAAAGAUCCAAAGUAUUUUCCUAACCCAGAACAGUUUGACCCAGAUCGAUUCAGCGAAGAAAAUAAAAAUAAAAUACCAUCAUGUACAUUUAUGCCUUUUGGUGAAGGUCCUCGUAUUUGUAUAGGUGCAAGAAUUGGACUACUCCAAACAGCAAUCGGUUUGAUUAGAAUUCUCGAAGAUUAUCAAGUCACUGUGAAUGAUAAACAUAAAGUAAAAAUAGACACACGGAUUUUUUUUACACUACCAAUGAAUGGGGUUCAUCUAUUUUUUAAGAAAAUUAAUACUUAAUAAUUAUUUACAAAAAUUGUUAUUAUAUUUAUCAUCAAUUUAUUAAACGAAAUAUUAAUUUUUUUUAUCAAUAUUAAAUUAAAAUCAAUAUUCAGUGAGAUAGGUGAUUGUUUAUAGAACAUGACUUUUGUUUAUUAUCAGUUAUCAGUUGAAAGAAAGAUCUUGUAUCUUAUCUAUAUUAUUGAAAGAAUAAUUCAUUUAUAAAAUUUAUUAUCUUC